AGAAGACGGAGUGCGGCAGGAAAACCGCAGAGAGCCAGAUUGAAUAGAGGAGGGAAUACCGUAAAUAUCCCGAAUGAAAACGUGUGGAUAUGAAAACAGCUAAACGACUUCGCGUUAAAGACAAAGACUGUAUAGAGCACAAUAGCUAUUGUGGCUGAAUUUUAAAAAAGGAUUUAUGGAGCAUAGGCUAUGUCCUCAUGAAUCCGAAUUAUAGCGUUUGAAUGACAAUCCAAGUGGAACAGAAUGGAUGGAAAUUGCAUGGACGUGCGCUACCGUCAGGACUCAUUUGGGGGGGAAACAAUAUAGACUUAAAAGGAAACACAUAACCGACUUGCCUUAUGAAUAAUGUGUGUAUUUGUCUGAAAACUGUAUCGGGUUUUAGAUACACGGAAACAAUCAGAUUGGUGCAUUAAAUUCCAACGGUGGGAUGUCAUCAUUAGCCAUUGCAUCGUAAUCUCAAGGCUUCUACAGCAAGGAACUUGACACGUCGAGGUGUUAAUAUGGGUGAUUUGGUCGACGCAAAGGAAAUUAAAAAGACUUUCAAUAUUUCGACUAUUAAGCCUUUUGAGCAUUAUGAUUUCAACAGGGCUAAAAUCUUCUCAAGCCUCACAUGGCUAGUGACCAAAGCCUAUGGGACAGACAGUGUCCCGGGUGACUUGAAGGAGCCCUUCUACACAGACCAGUAUGAGCAGGAGCACCUGAAGCCUCCAGUGGUGGGUCAGCUGCUGUCGGCGGAGCUCUACUGCCGGGCCGGCAGCCUCAUCCUGAAGAGCGAUACGGCCAAGCCGCUGCUGGGCCACGACGCCGUGAUCCAGGCGCUGGCGCAGAAGGGCCUGUACGUCACCGACCAGGAGCGGCUGGUUACGGAGAGGGACCUGAGCAAGAGGCCCAUCCAGAUGAGUGCCCACUUGGCUCUGGUCGACGCGCUGAUGAUGGCCUACACGGUGGAGACGGUGAGUGUGGAGAAGGUGGUGGCGUGCCUGCGGCAGUACUCCACCAUGUACCCGGACGGAGACACGCCCUACGACACAGAGGACGCCGUCACCAGCUGGAUGAAUAAGGUGAACGAGUAUCUGAAGGACAUCAUCAUGCAAGAGCAGCGGCGAAGGGAGAACCAGAGCACAGAGCCUGCUGGGAGUCCACGGUCUCCAACCAAAUGGUAUUGGAAACUGGUUCCUGCGAGGUACAGGAAGGAGCAGGUCUUGCCCAAGACAGUGCCGUGGAUCCCCCCAGUGGACAACCUGCUGAAGGACAGCACAGACGGCUGCGCCCUGGCCGCACUGCUGCACUUCUACUGUCCAGACAUCGUCAAACUGGAAGACAUCUGCCUGAAGGAAAGCAUGUCGCUGGCGGACAGUCUCGCCAACCUCCAGCUCGUCCAGGAGUUCUGCAAGGAGAAUCUGAACCGUUGCUGCCACUUCAGCCUGGAGGACAUGCUCUACGCCUCCUCCUCCAUCAAAAAUAACUACUUAGUGUUUAUGGCAGAGCUCUACUGGUGGUUUGAAGUGAUGAAGCCAUCUUUUGUACAGCCACGCGUUAUGGAUGCUGAAGAGCCGGCUCCAUCGCUGAAGAAGUUGCCCUCAGUGCCCAUCUCAAAUGUUACCAAGAGAAGCUUCAUGGAGAGACCUCCAAGUCCAGACAGACCCAGUCUGCCCCUCAGGCCUCAGCCAAAAACGUCAAAUUCAGGUGAGAUAAAGCGAUCCACCUCCAUGUCCUUUGUGGAUGGGUGCCUGGGGACCUGGCCAAAAGAGAAAAGGGCUGCUACACAUGGGGUUUCUUUUGACAUCCCCUUCGAUAAAGACGAGCCAGGUGAGGUCCCCUCAGUGCCCAGCAAAGGCAUGACCAGGUCAGCCAGCACUGAGGGCCUGGGCUUCAAGGUCCACCACAUGCCCCGAGGCCUGAAGAGGAACCUCUCCUUCCAGCCCGUCAACGGUACAAGCAUGGGCAUCGAGGAGGAAGGCUGCCCGGACAGCCUAGCCGGUAUGGAGCCGGACAGGAGACAGAGAACGCCACAUCCCAGAAUGCAUCUUUCCUCCUCUAAUGGGCUGCCAUUGGACGGACAUGGGAACGGCACGGCCACUCCAAGCAUAGAGGAAGCGCUGGAGAUUAUCCACAACUCCCAGAAACAGCAGCAGCAGCAGCAGCGCAGCCCCCAAGCCGAAGGCACCAAUCAGGGCUUCUUCCUCCACCUCCAGAGCCGGCUCGACAUGGACGCUAAGGCCGUGGCUGAGGAGGGUGACCUGAACUCGGUUUCGUCCAAGGGUGCAGCGAGCACCGACACCACAGAGGUGGACACAGGCAUACACGUGCGGACGGAGGACAUCCAGGAGACCCUGGACGAGGACUCCUCUCUGAAGGACUGCACCGUCAGCAUGGACCUGGACAUGGACCAGGACUACGAGAUGCGGGCCAGCCGGAGCCAAGGCUCCGUCAGCCCGUGUCCCAGCAACCUCAGCGGCAAGUCCCCGUGCAGCAGUGGCGGCUCGCUCACCCCCGGCGGGGUGAAGAUGACCAGCUUCGCCGAGCAGAAAUUCCUUAAGAUCACUCAGCCCGAGACCAAGGUCGGGGCAAGCUCGGGAUCUCCAAAGAACGCCCUCGAUAGAUCGGAGGCUGCCCAAAUCCCCCAUUCGGUGUCCUGGGCCCCCACGCCCGAAGAGAGCACUGUCCAUAAGCUGGCCCCGCGGGACCCGGCCCAAGCCAUGGCGGCCGAGAUGGUGCAGCUGCGCAUGCGUCUGGAGGAGAAGAGGCGUGCCAUCGAGGCCCAGAAGAAGAAGGUGGAGGCCGCCUUCACACGCCACCGCCAGAAGAUGGGCCGCAGCGCCUUCCUCGACGUGGUGAGGCGGAAGGGCGACGAGACGCCCUCGCCAACGAAGGAGGAAGCUGGGGACGGCAAAGCAGCCGCCGAGGGCGGCGUCCUCCGGCCGGACAAGGCUCCGCAGCAGCCUGCCAAGUCUCCCGGAGGCGAGGAGGGGGUGACUGAGGCGGACUUGCUGGAGUACACGCGCUCCAUUGAGAAGCUCAACGCCUCGCUCAACUUCCUGCAGACGGAGAUGCAGCGGCUGGCCCAGCAGCAGGAGGUCAUCAUGCAGAUGCGCGAGCAGCAGUCCUGGAUCAUCUCCCACUCCCCGCAAAAGGGGCGCACGGCCACGACCGCCCGGUCGUCUGGGUCCCCGUCGCCCGCCGACUCCCCGCGCUCGGCGCACCGCUCGCCCACCAGCAUCAAGCGCAAGUCGGCCUCCUUCCACGUCAAGACCACGCGGGCACCUAGGCCCAACGAGCUUAAGAUCGCCCCCUUCAGCCGUGUCCUGAUGGCACCGCAGUCCGUGGACAGCAUCCCGCGCCUGCGGCGGUUCUCCCCGAGCCAGCCCGAGCCCAGCUGCUUCAUCUACAUGGGCGAGAACAGGAAGAAGCAGCGUGGGGCUAAAGCCGCCGACGACAAAGAGGCCGCCUCUGACUCUGAGCUCCUGUCCCCUGAUGGACUGGCUGAAUUCAGCGGCAUCGAUUCUCUGGAGCUCCUGGGGUCUCCCACCAAAGACACGACCGACAGUGAAACAACCAUUGGAGACGGAGAGCAGGGCUUGAUGGAGCAAACUGAAUCAGGGGAGAAGCUUGGCAUGAAGGUCAAGCCUGCAGUUGGGUCAAAGGUGUCCGAGGUACUGACUCAGGCCGUCACGGAGAAGGUGAUUGUCACUCCCACAGAGGCUCCGGCGGACUUCCUGAACCAGACCAACAAGAACCUGAUCGAGGUGCCACUGUCCGUGCUGAAGCCACUCGACGGGGCAGUGCUCGAGGAGAGCGGCGAGAAGGGAGCCACAGGAUUUUUCUUCAAGGAUGACCUGAAAGGGGAGACGGACAUGGCCCAGAAGAGAGCGGCGCUGCUGGAGAAGAGGCAGAAGAGGGAGCGGGAGAGCCAGCAGAGGAAGCAGCAGCUGGAGUCCGAGCUGGAGCAGAAGAAGGAGGAGGCCAGGAUGAAGGCUGAGGAGGACCGCAUGAAGAAGGAGGAGGAGAAGGCUCGCCGGGAGUUCAUCAAACAGGAGUACAUGCGACGGAAGCAACUGAAGCUGAUGGAGGACAUGGACACCGUCAUCAAGCCACGCCCAGCCAGCACCAAACAGCGGAGGCCACGGCCCAAGUCCAUCCACAGGGACGUCCUGGACUCCCCCCGCACCCCCAUCAGGGCCACAGCAGGUUCACGACCUCGUGUUUUUUCAGUCUCCAGCCUGUCUCUGGCCUCUCUUAAUCUGGGCGAUGACAACGUGGCGUCGGACAAACGCACUGGCAGAAGUUAUAGUUUAGCAUCGGGAAGUCUGUACUUCUUUUUGAGCUCUCCCAAAAUGAGAAAAUCAAGGCCUGACUCAGCAGAUAGCUGUCUGUCUCCCACCCGAUCCAGCAGUCGCAAUGGAGAGAAGGACUGGGAGAAUGGCUCGACCACCUCCUCCGUGACCUCCAACGCCGAGUACACUGGUCCAAAACUGUACAAAGAGCCCAGUGCCAAGUCAAACAAACAUAUUAUCCAGAAUGCCCUGGCUCACUGUUGUCUGGCUGGGAAAGUCAAUGAGGGUCCGAAGAACAAGAUUCUGGAGGAAAUGGAGAAAUCAGAGGCCAACAACUUCCUAAUUCUCUUCCGAGAUUCUGGCUGCCAGUUCCGGUCUGUGUAUACGUACUGCCCAGAAGCCGAGGAGAUCACCAAGCUUACUGGCAUUGGCCCAAAGAGCAUCUCCCCCAAAAUGAUCGAGUCCUUGUACAAGUACAACUCUGACAGGAAACAGUUCAGCCAAAUACCCGCAAAGACUAUGUCCGCCAGCGUGGACGCCAUCACCAUCCACGGCCAUCUGUGGCAAACCAAGAAGCCUGGAACGCCCAAAAAAGCUGUACCCGCCAAGUCCUAGUACAGUAUAUUUCCGCUCACAUCCUUUCUCACUUCUUCUACUCUUCCUUCUCUUUUCAUUGAAUGUUUGUCGUCUAUUUUGCACUUCAAUGUACAAUACCACACAGCUCAUGGUGGCACUUACUAUACCUAUACCAUUUCUGUUAAGAUUUGUUUCUUCCUUCCAAUGCUGUUUAAGCUUUCUAUUCUAAUUCUGCAAAGUUCCAGCAGAACAUAGAAAAUCAGUUCUAAUAUGCACAACUGGAAUGUAAAACACCUUAGUUGUAAAGGAAUCACUAACGAUUGUUUGACUUUUGAGUAAUUUUAUUACAGCACGUGUGUGUACUGUAUAUAUGUUUUCUUUUUCAUAUGUGCCAAAAAACAAACAAAAAACAACAGAAAGGUGGAUACUGAGUUGUUUUUAUGUGGAACACUGAAGCACUGAAUGUCAUCUGUGUAAACUGUUCGCAUAUCUGUAAACAUGUGUGGCCUUAUGCUUGUUUUAGUUAUGUUUUGUUGCUGUUUUUUUUAUUAUGUGAGUGUACUGAAAUGAUUGUAAAGAUUCGUUGAGAGGAUUUUUGGACACUGGUGAGGAUUCGUAUUAUUUUAUUUUGUUUGCCAUUUCAGUGGUUCUGUUAUGACUUAAAAAUGAACCAGAUGUGGGACAUCAGAAAGCCAUCAGAUGGGCAUAGAGAAAUGGGCAUCGUCUUUAUUGCAAAUCGACACACUAUGACAAGAUGAUGAUUUCCAAUAUUUAAUGUAUAUUUUAAUAAAGGUUUCGAUUUUUUUUUUUUGUUACUCUGGCACUUGUUCACAGCAGGUAUGUGAUUGGACAAACUGCAGUUAAAUGUGUAUUUGUUCUUAUUUUCCUCUUACUAGAAAUAGUCAGAAUGAAGGUGUCAACCAUGGUAUAGCCAUGCAGUUCAAAAAUGUUAUCAUGUGUUACACAUAAAUUAUGAAAUUGAGAGCAGGAAUGAUUUAAUGCUUUAAUGAGAAACAACAGUGAACAUCAUUUUUAAACUAGAAAACAGUGGGAUGUAAUAAUCUAACUUAAACGUAAUACUAUUGUGUAAUUUAUUUACAUUUUUUUUCAUGUGUAAUAUGUGACUGCUAUCUCUGAUUACCAGUUCAUUUAUUUAUGGUUGUUUGUAGCCUACCAGAACUAUUUGCUCCUGAAAGACUCCUACAGUUAGGACCGUGUUUUUUUUCCAUAUAUUAUGAUUGGUUGAAAUGAACAACCCCAGUCCUCAAGUAUCUUGCCUGUAGACCUUUACUCACAUCAGUGAUAUAUGUGAAACUAAAAGGCUUUUUUAAUCUUCCAAUCGACUAUAACUUAUUUGUGUUUAUGUCAUAGCCCACCCUGUGAGCUGGGCAAAUCCCUUGAAAUUCUUGAAACAUUCUUCCAUCAGCCAACCUAUAUUUUUAAACUAUUGUUUAUUUAUCAUCUAUUCACAAAAAUGUAAGACCUAGUAGCACCCUCUGUAUCAGUUGACUGAGGGCUGAAUUUGGAUUACUUAUACGGGUAGAGGCUUGUUCUUGUGUCAUGUUUGCCUUCCUCUUCUCUUCAUACACCUUGUGUUUUCAACAGGUUCCUUGAGGUCAUCAUAUGCACAUGGUAGAUUUCGACAAUUUACUUUGUAAACAGACACACACACAAACACACACACACACACACUCACGUGACACAUACACUGGUGCUCUCAUGCUCAAGUAUGUUUAUGGAAUUGCCAAAAGCAAUGUUGUAUGUGUUUUGGGAAAAUGUAUACAGUAUUGAAACAAACAACUGAAAAAUAAUAAAGGUGUUUUUUUAAUGUUACAGAAGGGUAUUCUUGUUGACCAGCUGUUGCAUUUGUGGUAUUUGGCUGUUUAAGGCCGAAGUGAACGGCUGUUUCAUAGCUUGGGCACUGUGGAAUGUUGUACAGUUUACUGUGUGGUAAUUUUUGCCCUUCAGGACACAAUAUGGCAUCUAAUUUUAAGGAUGCCACUGAUCAGACAUUGCUGAAGUAACAUGUUUUCUUUUUUUUUGCAUUCAAUAAAAGUAUGCAUGGCCUCAGA